CAAAAAAGCUGUUUCAUAUAUUUGUUCAAGAAGCAACAUAAUAAUCUUAGACGGUAAUAAUCUUCUAAACUACUUGUCUCUGCACCUCCCAAUUUUCACUAAUACGGACUUUCAGUUUAUAUAUGUAUCACGUACCGUACUUUUUUGAUUGUUUGUUACUAAUUAUUGACAUUUCUAAAUUACUUUACCAUAUAAGGCUAUCUUUCAUGUCAUAUGUGUUAAAAUUUAUACAACUUGCUCCUUUAUAUUCUAUCUUGCCUCCACACAGAUACUGACAUAAAUACUUCAUCUCCACUACUAUCUUCCUGCCAUUGUCAUCUGUUUUUAACACCACUAAUCCUCACGAUACAUUGACCCUUGGUUAAAACAUAGAUUUUGAUUUUUAGACUAACUUGAGCCCUCGGAAUUGAUUUUUUUCACCCCUCUCUAUUUCCAACAUUCUGUUCAAUCCACUUGCUACACGUCACUUUCUUAUCAUGCCACAAAAGAAAAUGAAGACCCCUGCUUCUAGGCGUCCAGCCAAACGUAGGAAAACGACACAAUUUAACACCACUACUGACACGAUUUCCAACAGUUUCAACGAGACGAGCCACUCCGUUCAUCUGGAAGCAGACAAGCUUUUACCAGUUGUCUCCAUUCCAGACAUGUUGAAAACUCUGAUGGUAAACAGUGAUGAUAAUCGCAACUGCAACCAUAUGGAUGCUAUAAAAAAGUUGCAAGUAGACAUGAACAUUCUCAACCCGCUUAAAUAUCUCAUCAACCCCAACCUCACAGAGACUCCAGAUCAAAUGAAUGACAUAAAUAUUUUCCUAGAUCGUGUUGCAUCAGAAGUAUUUGAAAGAAUAAGACGAUCUAGUAAUGCAAUUGUGUUUAAUAUACCGGAUACACAUGCCCUUAAAAAUAUCAAAUCUAGUCUGCUUAGAGCCAGCAAUAUGACACACGUACCAUGUGUAUGCACAAGAUUAAAAAGAAGUCAUCCUGGUAUGCACUCACCGAUCUUGUUCAAAUUCAACUCAUCUGUAGACGCCAGUGAAUUUUUAAAUUCCUCCAAUUCAUUGAGACAAAAACAGAUUUUCAAGGAUAUUAAGACUCUUCCGGAUAAAACACCAUGCCAGCGAAAAGCAGGAAGAGAUAACUACCGACCACCAGCGUCAAACUCUCAAACGCAUCGUAAUCCUAAUGGUCGUAAAGUUAAGUCCGAUUCUAAGGGGACGUCUAGCUUAACAAUUUUGCCGUCACCGAAAAACUCUUCUGAAUCUCCUGAAGUUCAAAACCCAGAAGAAAGUAAUCCCGAUGUAGGUGGUGUCCAUCCUCUUGAGAAUGUUGACUUAGAUUCAACCCGAAGUAGUUGUGCUGAUGAAGAAUGGGAUAACACAACCCAAACCCCUGUUAGUGCAACACCCAGUUACAGUAACUGUGCAACGGAUAACAGGAAAACUAAUCAUAACAUCCAUAUAACUGACCACGCACUUAACGUUGAUAUAUUCGAACCUCGCAAACCAUCGCAAGUAUGUUUAACAGUACACAAUCCCCUCCAACAUAUGAAGAAGCCGAAAUCAACCACAACCCUUGGAAAUAAACGUCUUAAACACGUUACCCAUACGUCAGGUAUAAAUAGUUAUCUGAAUUGUAAUUGGCCACUUGGUCAAAACCAUAGACCUGAUAGCCUUCUUGGUCCGGCUCCCAAUAUGUACACUAUGCCCUUAUCAGAUGUUAGAUCCAACAGCAAUGAGAAAACUUUUUUUGUAAUUCCGCCGGCUUUCCUGCCGGCAACGGUAAACAUAUUUCACAUGAUAACAAAGUGGUUGAAUCUAUUUCCCCUCGCAACACAACUCUCACCUUAGCUAAUCCUAUGAGUAUUCAUGGAACUACCAAUUGCGAUUUAUACUCCAACCUGCUUCACUAUGAUGACUCUGAGUUUCUUAUUCUUUCGUUCAAUGCCCGCUCUCUGUCUAAUAAAAUUAUUCAUCUUAAAACUCUUUUAUUCCUUGUAAAUCCAACCAUUGUACUUAUUACGGAAACGUGGUGUAAUUCAUCUAUAUCCGAUCAUUCCUUGAAUGUAGAUAACUACGUUUUCUUUAGAACCGAUAGAUGUUAUGGAAUAGGAGGCGGUACAAUUAUCUAUGUUCGUUCAGACAUUCAAGCGUGCAAAUUUGAGGACAAAUCCCUUGAUGCUAUAGAAGACUCCACUUGGGUUACUGUAAACUGUGGAUCCCAAAAUUAUUUACUG